CAGCGUACCUGCUGUCCGUGGAUGGCUGCCGCGUUCGGUUUCCCUCGCCAUCUCCGACCCGUCUUUCCAGAGCCCAUUCCAGGCUCUCCUGUGCUUUGCCACGACCCAUGACCUGGUUGAGCGGUCUGGCGGUUCAGAUUCAUCAAUCUACGCUUCAUUCGGCUAAAUUACCUGCGUCGUUCUGUUUGAACAGAGGCGAGCUGGCUAUCCUAUGGGACACCCGGAGCGCUGACAGCUCCGCAUUGCUUGGCCGGCCGACACGUAAAGCCGAGCUGUCCGAAUUCUUGUUGGUCUCUGCCGGUCUCUGCCCGCCAGUGCCCUCGCCCGCAUUCCAUCUCCAUCCUCUCGGGUCUGUCGUCUCUGCCAUACCAGGGGCUGCCCUCCAGAGUCGGAUCCGGCAGAUGUCCCGGUCGAGAUUGAUACGCCGGAAUCUGGGCGGUCUUCAUCGAAGCGGGGGGGAAAUUGAAAGGAGCACAGCAAACGCAAAAUCACCGGGCCGGGAGAAGUCAGUAAACGAAUCCUGUCCACAUCGUCACAAUAUAUCACGGCGUUAUGCACAAAGUGCACCGGCUGCGAUGAAGGAAGGUGCCGCAAUAUCAGCCUGCGCUAGCUGAUGCGUCUCAGGGAAAAGCUGGAUGGGGGAGAAAUGAGUCUGCUUCAGCCGGCAAGUGAUGAGAUGAGUCGCUUGCGCUCGCCACCUGCCGUCUUGAGCCAGCUUUGAAAUGUCUGCACGGCUCGAUAUCCGCAGCGAACACCCGUUUGAGCCGUUUACUGCUUCUGAACAGCCGAUAGACUUCUGCUGCUU